UCAAGGUAAGCUCUAUUUGAAUAGGACACAGAAUUUGAAAGAAUAGUAAGCACGUAUUUGCUUGUUUUAUAAAUUAUUCCAGGCCCUAAUGCAAGUAAAGAAGAAGGUCUGCAAAAUGAGCUCCAGGUGUCGCUCAAAGUUCAAAUCUGAUUUUAAAAAGUUUUCCAAAAUCAGUUGUAUUAAUGAGUUUGACUAUAGCAGAACGAAUAACACGAAAAAGUAUAGACAAAGAGGCAAUUAUAGAUUUGGUGACGCUGAAAAGCAAGAUUUUGUAGAUACUUGUAUUCCUCACAUGGUACCUCAAUAUAAGAAAAUGCAUGACAAAACUCUUCGUAGUGAUACACUAAAAUUUUUGAUUGAGCGAAUACUACGUAGCAGUUCGGAGAGAAGGUGCGAGAGAUUAGCGAGACAGAAAUGUUUUAAGGCGUGUUAUUAUGUGCGAGAUGAAGUCUGCAGAAAACAUAGUUGUAGCAGGCUAAGAAAAAAGGAAUUUAAGGAGGAAUGCAAGAAAAAAUGUAAAGCUGAAUACAUUGUGCAGAAAACGUCUUCUGUAAGUUCGAGCGAAAGCGAUUAGGAAUACUACAAUUAAUAAAUUAUUUAAUAUU